AGAGAGAGAGAGAGAGAGACCCUGAGCUGGCAUGACGGCUCUUGGAGCCCUGACAGGAAACUUUCUUCCUCUAACUCCGCUCUUCAGCAGCAGUCAGACUCUGUCGCUUCUUCAGCAGCAGUUUACCAUCUGAAAUGCACUUGACUGGACACCGCGCUGUUUGCGGGUCUUUCUCAUCCUCUGAACUCAUGGCUUUCCAUCCUCAUUUACCGACAGCACGUCACUAAAGACAAACGAACGGGAGACUGUUUCUGGGAGAAACUUUGGAGACUAAAUGACAUUUGUUUCUCUGUAAACCACACUGGACUUGAUGAUGGGGACCUUAUUUUACCUGCUCGCCUUCGCGUUAACCCGGGUUUGUUCGGGUCUCGGAUAUGCGGAGUCCAGUAUUCAGAGCGGACAGAGAGCGGCGAGCAGACACAGGAACUGGUGUGCUUAUGUGGUGACACGCACGGUUAGCUGUGUGAUGGAGGACGGGGUGGAGACGUACAUCAAACCAGACUACCAACGCUGCACCUGGGGCCAGUGUCCUCGAGUGGCCUACCGGACAUACAGGAGGCCAAGGUAUAAGGUAGCUUACAAGAUGGUGACAGAAAUGGAGUGGAAGUGUUGCCAUGGUUACUCAGGGGAGGACUGCCAUGACGGGCCACAGGUGACCACCAACACUCGUGUCACACAAACGGGCCACAACACAGGAGGUGGGCAGAGAGGAGAAGGUGACUCUGAGAAGAUUAAACAGCUGGAGGAGACGAUCCGUGGUCUGACCAAAGACCUCCACACCAUGCAGACCACCAUUCAAGACAUGAACCAGAGGCUGCCUGGUCUGAAUGGGGCAAUUGUCCCUGCUGAUUCAGCUCAGCCACACAUGAAAGAAACCAUCAACAGUAUCCAGACCAAGCUGGACCACCUGUAUAACAGGACGCAGGUCCAUGAUCAGACCCUGCUCAACAUCAACAACCACCUGGUGAAUGGUGGGGGCAAUGAACUGGAUGGAGUGGCCAGAGGAGGAGGAGGAUCCUCAGGGAACCAGCUGAACUCUCUGAAGGAGGAGAUACUUACAGAGCUUGAGAGAAGAGUGUCUUUAUCCUGCUCUGCCUGCCAGGCUGGUGUGGAGGACAUGAGGCGCCAGCAGCAGGAGGACAGGGACAGGAUCAGGGCCCUGGAGAAGCUGGUCAGCUCUAUGGACCAGCACUUGAGGCAGAGCCUGGAAGUCUCACGCAGUGAGACUGAACGCUCACAGGCUUGCUGCAACACAGUCACUGAGCUGGAAAGGAGGCUGUCUGAUGUAGAGGUCCAAGUCACCUCCACCGCUAACAAGUGUGACACUAUUAAAGGGCGCCUGGAUAAGGAGCUUGCUGGGACAGGUGGAGGAAAGGGAAGAGUGACAGAAGACAGGUUCAAUGGCAGACUGAGAGAAUUAGAGAAGAGGGUGAAUAACACUGUGAGGAAGGCAGAGCAGAGAUGCACUAAUACUGGGAACAACAUGAAGGACACUGUCCAAAGAGACGUCACACAGCUGCGCAACAUGGUUCUCAGUCGGCUGGAUGACCACAGCUUCAAGAUAGGAAAAAUAGAGCUGGACGUGGCUGUUCUUGGAGACACGGUGACAGACCAUAGUCGACGUUUAAGUCAGCUGGAGAACAUUACAACCUUCUUGGACAGAAGGCUAACAUCGACCACAAACAUGUGCAAUGAAACCUGUGGGCCUAAUGGAAAAGGCCGUAAGACUGAUGACACUGUGAAAACCUUAGAGUGGAGGGUUGUGGCCAAUCAAGAGGAGAUCCAGAAGUUUAACACCAAGUUAGAUGAUUUGUCUGUGUCAGGAGACUCCCUGAGUGAGAAAGUGAUCAACUUAACGGAUGACGUCAAAAAGAUAAUAACCAUGACAGGGAAAAACGGUGAGCACUUCAACCGGAUUGUAACAGAAGUUGAAACUCUGGGCCGUAAUUUUGAGGACUGUUCUAUUUGCAGCACUAUAAAGGAGGACAUGCGCUCACUUACCAACUCCACCAUCAGCGGUCUCAACAGGUGCCAGACAGAGCUUACUGAUCUGCGGAGAAAAAUUGACUCAGGAGAAUCCACUUGCUCUCAGGUGUGCUCCAACCUUCAGGAGGAGGUGGGACGGCUCAGAGAGGAAGUGGAGGAAUGUACUGGACAAUGUAAAACCAACAUAAAUGAUCUAAAAGAUCGUCUGGACAGUCAUACUGUCCACAAUGGAAGAUUAGGAGGGGAUCUGAAGUCCAUCCAAGGAGAGCUGGCUGGGGUCAUGAUCACAUUUAACUCCAUUAAUAACACACUGAAGGGCCUUGGAAGGACCAUACAGACACAUGGUAACAAGCUGACUGACCUGACCAACAGCAGGGAUGACAUAGUUUCUGAGGUGAACCACUUGCAGAAGGAACUGACGGAGCAUGUUGACGACUCGAAGAUUCGAUUCAACAACUUGGGCAAUGAGAUUGAAAUAAUAAGGAGCAACUAUAUGACGGAGGUGGGUGAGUGCCGGCAGGCCAGCGACGGCCUGGACCGAAGAAUCUCCAAGCUGGAGGCAGUGUGCGGACGCUUCGACUCUCUCUCAGACAGCCUGGAGAGGAUCAAGGAGGGCCUGAACCGACAUGUGUCUGGGCUGUGGAGCUGCGUUAAUGGACUCAACGUCACGGUCACAUCUCAAGGAGAUCUUAUCGACAAUAUCCAGAAGGUACAGCUGGAAAACGUCCACACCAAGAUAUACAGGCUGAACUCUUCAGUGAUGGACUUGGCCAAGGAGUUUCACAGUUUCAUAGAAAAGGACUUCACUGGUCCACCUGGUCUGCCAGGACCCCGUGGAGAGAAAGGUGAGCGUGGACUUCAGGGUCCUGUAGGACCCCAAGGAAGAACAGGACCUCCAGGCAGAGAGGGCAAGACAGGACCAGUGGGACCCCCAGGUCUCAGAGGUGAACAGGGUCUUCAAGGGUCUGAUGCCCAUGUGCCACGCCUUUCUUUCUCUGCUAAACUGACUCGUCCAAUGAGAAGCGCGGGAACCAUAGUUUUUAACGAGGUCUUUGUCAAUGAAAAUAAUGUCUACAAUCCCAAAACAGGUUAUUUCACAGCUCCAGUGCGUGGGAAGUACUUCUUCAGUGGCAUUCUCACAGGCCACAAGAACAUGAAGAUUGAGGCCGUGUUGUCCAAGUCCAACACUGGCGUGGCCCGAGUGGACUCAGCAGGGUAUCAGCCCGAAGGCCUGGAGAAACCCAUGGCAGAGGCCAAGCACAUUCCUGGAGCUCUGGCUGUUUUCAACAUCAUCCUGCCCAUGGAGGCAGGGGACACAGUCUGUAUCGACCUUGUCACUGGCAAGCUGGCCUACUCCUCUGAACCUUUGACCAUCUUCAGUGGGAUGUUGCUGUAUGAGACCGUCUGAUAGGAUGUCAUGCAUUAUUAUGACUCGUCUAAUCUGUCUGCUGAACUCUCUGACUGAGCAGGCAAGGAGAUUAAAACAAUUGGACUGGAUUUUUUCAGCAUGGAGAAAUAUAUGUUAUAUUUUACCUUAUGUGCUAAGAAAGAAGGAGAAAAAUUCCUUUUCAACCAUAAUGAUGUUUCACAGCUUUAAAGAAAACUGUUUGUACAAAGAGCAGUUGCAUUUUUGCUAUUUGAUGUGUGUUUUCUUCAGAAAAAGCCACUGCAGGGUUAUUUCAUAAUUCCAUAUCCCAUGCUGUGCUAUAAACUUGAAUUCACCUUGAAUUACACCAAGAUAGCCUUCAAGGUCUUACUGGUGUUAAUGGGUUUAUAUGUGUUAUCCACCCACAGCAUAUCAAAUGUUCACAGGUUAUUCCACAAGUUUUCUUAUUGCUUGCAGUUUCAUUUUGACCACAGGCAAAUUCCCAGAAAUGUAAUGCUGAAAAACAGUUGUCUUGGAAAAACUGCAGAGUGAUGUAGGUGGAGGGGGUGGGGACACAGUCCAAACCACUAUUCUUUCAGAGGGAAAUGCACAAAUGAAGUCACUGACAGUUCAGACGAGAAACCACAGGAUUUUAUAAAUCAUACAACAGCAAAACAAUAAGACCAUUUUAGGACAUUAGCUGUGCCCAGAAACACACGGGGCGGGGGACGGCCAGGGGGAAGAAUGGGGAUUUUCCUCCCCCCUCUAUCCUAAUAAGGGCCAUCUAAAUUUGGUGGAGGAUCAAGUAGUUAAAGUUAUGAAGCUGUUACUAUCAGUCCAUCUUACAAUGGAAUUUUUAUGUAACGCUAACAAUAACAAAUAAUGAAGCUACUCAUACCGGUGUCUCUAUGCUACAAAUCCCACCUCUUUCAUGAAUACUGCUUUCAGAAGUCUAAUUAAAAUACCUUCAGAAGAAAAUAUGUGCAUGAUAUUAAGUUUGUAGAUAUUAUUGAAUGGAUUAUUAAAGGAACAUUGCACAUUUUCUGCAGUGAUGACACAGCAGAUUGGGUCACAUAUUGCAGUAUAUUUAUAUUAUGGUGGAAGUAACACAUGAAUUAAUAUCAGCAAAUCAGGGUUUGCUCAUAAUGCAUAUUUUUGGCAAUUUUGUCCUCAGUGUUCAGUGUGGAAGUGUAUUUUAUAUGUUACUAUGCAUUGUAUAACCGUGAAGGAAUGUAAAUAUUUUUCAGCUUGCUCUUAUAAGAUUUUUAUGAAUUACCACUUCACCUUGCCGGGCAGGUACUGUACAUGUUUUGUAUGUUUUUGCCACGUGUGCGUCAAAUACAAAUACCCAGUUUUACACA